AUGUGUAUUUCAAAUAUUGGUCAGCUAUUGUUUGGUAUAACAAUGUUUGUCACAUUAAUGUUAACUAUUGCUGCCUUUCUUACACCCGGUUGGAGGUCAUUUUCGGUGGUAAAAGAUAAUGAAAGCGAAGCGAAGAAAUAUUCGAUGCCAAAAGCAAUGGGACUUCUUCAGUGUACCUCAUCCGUAUCUGAAAAUAGUCCUAAGAUUGAUUAUUGUCAUCUAUGGCGCAAUAAUAAGCCAAAAUGUGACGAGAAUGUUACAAAAUUAAUGAUUGCGACAUUAGUCCUACAGAUUGGUUCACUGAUUUGGGUGGCUGUAACUUUCUGCGCUUGCUGUUGCCGUGAAUUUUGGAUUUUACUUCUACCAUUAGCAGCUUUUCUAUCCACAACAACGUUUGCCAUUGCAUUGUUCAUAUAUACUCGAAAUAAUGGAACUGCUUUUGACAUACUAAAUGAAAGUAAGGAAGCUGCAUCAAAAGCUUAUCAUAUUGAUUUCUUUUAUAGCUAUUAUAUAGCUUUGGUUGCCUUAUUCCUGUCCAUUAUUUGCAUUUUGAUCGGUGUUCUUGCUAAGAAACUUGCUCAUAUUUGUUGCUAA